GUUUUUAGAAACUUGUGAAGAGCUGCAUAAACGUAAGCUAGAUGUAUAAGUUCCUACAAGUCUUCGCCAUCCUCGGCAUUGCCGCUGUUCUGGCCCUGCCCGCGCCUUCAAACGAAAAUGGAUCACAUUCCGCAAAUCAGGCGCAGAACGACGACAUAUCCAACGUCAAGAACAAAUCUUCCGAUGUUGCCAAUGAUCUGCAACAACUGGUAGGAUCAGUAGAACAUCUGAUACAGAACGAACUGAAGAAUGCUGCCAACACAUCUUUGAACAUUGCGGAGGACGUGUGGCAUAAGUUGAACGCGAGCAAAAAUGAAGUUGCGGGUGCCGUUAAAAAUGCUACACGGGACUUAGAAAACCUCCUGCAUAAUCUUCACAAUAAAACCGCCAAUAACUUGGAACGCAUCGGAAACGCCACGCAAAAGAACAUACAUGCGCUCGAGGAUGAUCUCUCGCACGUCGUGCAAGAGGCGAGGAAGGGCAUCGCGUUGCUUAAGAACGACACCUCAAAAGCAGCACACGAUUUAUCCAACAGAUUAGAGAACCUUGUCAAUAAAAGUGUCGAUGCUUUAAAAAAUGUCAGCCAAUCCGUAAGACACGCAAUCGAUCAAGCUAAACAAGAUGCCGCUAAGGUUUUCGCACAGGUGAGGAACGCCACUGCGGAGAAGUUGCAAGAAAUUCGAAACAAAAGUUCAGAGAUCCUACAACACAUACAGUACGAUAUUCGAUUUGUAAAACAAAUAAUUAGGGAUGACAUAAACAAUAUCGAAAAUUUGUUUAACGACUUGAGAAAUGGAACAGCAUCUAUUAUUAAAGAUGUUGCGAACGACGUUAGAAAACAGGUGAACGAAAUUCAGCAGAAUGUAGCUAAAGCCGUAAACGAAACCAUACAGAACGUCAAACACACGUUGGCUGAUUUGAGGAAGGACGCUCAGCAGAUCGCAGAGGACCUCAAGAACCAGACUGAUCACGUCAAAGAAGAUGUCGCUAAUAUUGUACAUGAUGUGAGCAAACAGAUACCGGAAAUCGUUAACAAAACCGUAGACUUAUUAAAGAAUGUCACCAAAGGGCUUACAAACGAAUUUGAACACAUCGUACAUAAUGUUUCGGGCGUUGUAAAUAAUGUAGUAGGAAAUGUUUUGAAUACGAUCAAGAAUGUAAACCAAGUAGUAGAAAAUAUUGUUAAAGAUAUCAUAGGUAAAGUUAAAAAUAUUGAAGAUGAUGGUAAAGUAAUUCUACGCAAUGUGACAGAGAGGGUCGCGAAAGAUAUAAAUGAUGCUGCAAAAAUAGUAUCCACGAUCGUGUCUGGUAUUAAAAACAAAACGCAAGAACGAUUGAAUGAUCUUCGAAAGAAGGUCGAUGAAAUGAAGGACGAUGCAAGGCACAUCAAAGGCGAUAUUCAAAAACAGGUGGAGGAAAUUCAACAUGACAUCAAUAACGCUUUGAACAAACUGGAAAACAACAUGAACAGGACAUUGCAGGACGUUAGAGCUAAAGCUGCAAAUAUUAUAAAGAACGUGAAAAAUGCCACGCAGGAAAAGGUCAAAGAAGUUAUGCAAAAAGCUGCUGAAGCGGUGAACGAAGCGAAAGGUCAACUCAAGGAUGCUAAGGAGGAGGUAGCUGCUGCCUUGAACAAGACGUUGUCUUCGUUGAGAGAGGAUGCUGCUAAAACAUUGAAUACAACUCGAGCAAUUAUUCAUGACGUGGUAAACGAACUGAAAAACCAGACUGCCGAUACUUUUAAUAUGUUUAAGAACAUAACGAAAAAUGCUUUGAAUGAUGCCAGAAAGAAAUCCGCGACUUUCGUGAGAGAUUUGAAAGAUACGGUAGGACAAAUUGCUGAAGACUCUGCUAAUUUGAUUAAGGACACGCUGCAUUCUUUUAACAGUAUCGUUGGUGAUAUUUUUAACGACGUUAACGAUGGAAUUGAAAACGCAGUGGGCACCGUUAACAACAUCGCUUCUAACAUAUACGAUCAAGUAAAAAAUGCAGUUUCAACUGGUGUAGAUACGGCUAAGAAUGUAAUAGAUGGUGGCGCGCACGUGGCUCACGAUGUAGCAAGUGGUGCACAAAAUGCCGUUGGCAAUGUUGUAAAUGGUGCAUUAUCAUUUAUAUAAGUGUACUGUAAUUAAAGAUGGAAUUCAAGCUUAGUAAAUUUAGAUAGAAUUCAGAAUGGGUUUAACCACGUGUCUAGUCAGACAUGUAAGCUCUACCCCUUAGAAAUUAUUAGAUAGUUUAAUUUAAAAAAUGUAAUUAUUUGGAAAUGUUUAAAUUUCUAAAUCUCUUUGUGUACUACAAUAAUUUGAAUUUGUGAAUUCAUAUUGAAUUUGAUUCCAUCUAUAACUACAAUGUACACAAUUACAACGAACAAAUAUAGGUAAAUGUAGCUAUACAAGGUGAAAAUUUGCUAUAUACAUAUGUUGUAUAAAAACGAAAUUUCAUUUCAGUCUUUUAAACAUCAUCUUGUAUUUGUAUUCAGGUCCAACUUGAUACUUGAAUAAAUACUAGAUUACAUAGAAAAAACAGUGCAAAUGACUAAUAUUAAAAUACCUAAUACCUAAAAAAUCCUUAAACUGGUAAAUAAAACAACAUUGAAAUUAUAAAUAAUGAGCAGUGAAAAACUGAAAUAAAAUAUUAAUAUGAUAAAAAUUAGUACUGACUUUGUUUAAACCAAAAACCUGUAUAACUAGAAAAAUUAUUAACAUGUUCGCUAUCAGUUUCAUAUACAUUUCGAAUUUCUCGAAGUCAUUUCCUUGUUUUAUGUUUAAAACAAAUAAAAAUCAAAUUCUUAAAAAUUAGAUAAUCCUAUUUAGUACAUAGCAUACUAUUUUAUUAUUUCCUAAUAAAUUUCUAAUUUAAUGUUUAUAGCGAACGUGUUAAUUACAUGUUAUAUAAUUAUAUGAUUAAUAUACACAUAAUUGUAUACGGAAAUAACAGAAUAAAUGAGAUUUAAUUUAAUCAAAUAAGUUUGAAUU